GCCGUUGCGGGCAGCACAGGGUUCCUAUCAGUGGUGUUCGGUGGGGUUAGCAACAGGACAACACGCUUUCCCCGAAGGAGACGCGAACAAAACAACGGAAAACCGCGACUGUCAACAAACCCCCCGGUCGAGAUCUUGCGACAACCACAACCAUCCUGUUGAUGUCCACACACUUGCAGCAGAACACUGCGCAUACAUCGCCAACAUGGAUACGAUAAAUUUCGACAUUAACGAUGUUCUCAAACAUUACAUGAGCGAUCCUGCGACCGUCGCAACCCCAGAAGCAGAUUCAAAUCUCGUCGACUGCGAAAACGACCCUGAAGCCCUCACUAAUUCCCUGAUCAACACAGUUCUCAACCCGAUCGUGGACUCAGUUGCAGAAAAUCCAGAUGCCAUCACCAGAAGCUCAUCUUUUGAUUCCCUACAGUUUCUCUUAAAAUCCUCAUCGGUCCUCCCCACGCAUGCCCUUUCGAAGAUCCUCGACCUGAUCGUUUCUGGGCUUUCCACCGAAGCCGAUGUCAUACACAAUGAUCUCGAGACCGACGAACAAGAACUGAUCUCCCACCACAAACAGUUGCUAGAAGUCUUUGGCUUCUUGUUACAAUGGACCAUUGCAGCGGUCGAGACGAAGGCAGCAGAGAAAUCUAGUACAGCGCCAGCUGCUAGAGGGAGAGGAAAAGGUGCAAAAUCCAAGGCCGCUGCUGGGAAAGAUAAAGAUGGAAACUGGGACUCCAGCGCCCAGCUGCAGACUGCUUUGGAUACCAUGUGUAAGGUCCUGAAGUUGAAGCUGUCUAAGAUCUUCUUAACGACCUCGGAACGGGAUACAUUCAUCAGUCUGUUUACAAGACCGGUAUAUAUGGUUCUGGAGAGUGAGCAGAGAGUCAAGAAUACUGCGAUUCGGAUGCACGCAUUCAAGGUACUUUGUAUAGCAGUCAAGCACCACGGGCAUGGUUAUGCUGCCCAGAUAUCUAUUGUCCAGAACUUGACAUACUUCGAGCAUCUUGCAGAGCCCAUGGCUGAAUUUCUCCACAUUCUUUCGGAACAAUACGACUAUCCUCAACUAGCAGACGAAAUCCUUCGCGAGCUGAGCAACAAGGAGUUUAACAGCAAUGAUACCAAAGGCCCAAAAUCGGUCUCCACAUUCAUUGUCAAGCUCUCCGAAUUAGCCCCCAGACUGGUCAUCAAGCAAAUGACGAUGUUGGCCAAACAGCUAGACAGCGAGUCUUAUGCUCUUCGUUGUGCUCUUAUCGAAGUAUGUGGAAAUCUGGUAGCUGAUCUCAGCAAGCAAGAGGAACGCGGUGACAAUCAUAAGUCACAGUUGAAUGCCUUCUUUGAUGUUUUGGAAGAGCGAUUCCUCGAUAUCAACCCGUACUGCAGAUGCCGAACCAUCCAAGUAUACAUCAAACUUUGCGAUCUGGAGCAGAAAUUCCCAAAGCGCAGACAGAAGGCCGCUGAGUUAGCAGCAAGAAGUCUUGAGGACAAGAGCAGCAACGUUCGUCGAAAUGCCAUUAAGUUGCUUGGGACUCUUAUCAAGACUCAUCCAUUCAGUAUCAUGCACGGUUCCCAACUCUCACUAAAGGAAUGGAAUGCUCGAUUGGAUGCUGUGGAUGCCGAGUUGAACUCCCUGAAACCUCCGGCGGAGACUCCUGGACUUGUUGAUACGACGAAAGCCGAUGUUACUGUUGACCCCGCGCUUUUGGAUGAUGCUACUGUCAUGCAGUCUGAUUCGCCACAAAAGCCAAUGAGUGAUGAACAAAAGAUUGCGGCUAUGAAGAAAGCUCAGGAGGACGCUGCAACAUCCGAAGCUAUCAACAAGCUCACGUUGACGAGGAGAUACUAUGUUGAGGCUUUGAAGUUUAUCGAAGUAUUACAUGGUGCCACCACUACCAUUUGCCAACUUCUUGGAUCCAAGAACAAGAGCGAGGUCAUUGAAGCCAUGGAGUAUUUCGAAAUCGGUGAUGCGUACAACAUCGAGCAGAACAAGCUUGGUAUUCGACGGAUGCUGCGACUCAUCUGGACUAAAGGCAACAGUGAUGAAGGAAAGGGUGUUCAAAAUCACCUUAUCGAGUGCUACAAGCGUCUCUUUUUCGAAGCGCCAGACUCCUACACGGCCAACGAUGCUGCUAAUUACAUUGCCCGAAACAUGAUCAGUUUGACCUUCGGUGCAACUCCAGCCGAAUUGACAUCCCUGGAACAACUUCUCAGCACCAUGAUGAAAGCAAACCAUAUUUCUGAACUUGUUGUUCAAAAACUUUGGCAAGUCUACGGCGUGCAGAAGCGGGAAAUCUCCAAGAGCCAAAGACGGGGAGCUAUUAUCGUUCUUGGCAUGCUGGCAACCGCAAAGCCUGAGAUUGUUGUUGGAGAAAUGGAAACCAUGCUGAGAAUAGGGUUGGGAGGUCUUGGUCGAUCAGAUCUCCAGCUGGCGAAGUAUACUUGCAUAGCCCUUCGACGGAUCAACCCAACAGGUCGACAAGCCAAGGAGACUGCAGUGCAGCCUUCAAAGCUCCCCAAUGAUCAUGCCGUUCUCCUCAAGCUUAGUGCCAUCGUCGAAAUCGAGUCGGACAACAAGGAGUGGUAUGGUGUUGCCGAGCAGGCGAUUAAUGCGAUCUAUACUUUAUCGAAACACCCGGACACGCUUUGCUCGGAGAUCUUGAGGAGGAAAACGAAGUACGUCUUCCAGAAACGUACCGCGAAGACUCCCGAGCCUGAGGAACAAGCCGGCGAAGACACUCAGAUGGUGUCACCUCCCCCUGAGCAACCUGCCGAACCGGAGCCUAAACUCAAAGGAUCUAUCGCGCUCUCGCAACUUCUUUUCAUCGUCGGCCAUGUUGCAAUCAAGCAAAUCGUCCAUUUAGAACUUUGCGAAUUGGACUUCAAGCGAAGGAAAGCCGAAGCCGAGAAGAACAAGCCAACUUCUGAAGCGCCAGCGGAUAAGGCUGCCAAAGAAGCGGCCGAUGAUCUCGACAUGAUUGGUGGUACUACAGAAGAUGAUUUCACUGAAGCCAUGUCACAUAUCCGUGAGCGAGAGCUUCUCUAUGGCGAACAAUCUCUUCUCGCCAAUUUCGGUCCGCUUGUAUCGGAAAUUUGCUCGAACAACACCACCUACAAGGAUCGUAAUCUCCAAGCAGCCGCUACGUUGUGCCUCGCCAAGCUCAUGUGUGUGAGUUCAGAAUACUGUGAGGCCAAUCUACCACUUCUGAUCACCAUCCUUGAGCGUUCGAAGGAUCCUAUCACUAGAUCCAACGUCGUUAUCGCCCUGGGCGAUAUGGCGGUCUGCUUCAAUCACCUCAUCGACGAGAACACAGACUUCCUCUACCGCCGCCUGAACGACAAGGACGCAAGUGUGAAGCGGACAUGCUUGAUGACUCUUACCUUCCUCAUCUUGGCAGGUCAAGUCAAGGUCAAGGGACAAUUAGGAGAAAUGGCUAAGUGCUUGGAGGACGAUGACAAGAGAAUUGCAGAUCUAAGUCGCAUGUUCUUCACCGAGUUGAGCACCAAGGACAAUGCAGUGUACAAUCACUUUGUUGAUAUGUUCAGUUUGUUGAGUGCCGAGAAGGACUUGGAAGAGGAUGCUCUCAAGAGAAUCAUUAAGUUCCUCGCUGGGUUUAUUGAGAAGGACAAGCAUGCCAAGCAACUCGCAGACAAACUUGCUGCCAGGCUUGCCAGAUGCGAGACGGAGCGACAGUGGAAUGACGUUGCUUACGCACUGAGCUUGCUCCAGCACAAGAACGAGGAGAUAACUAAGCUGGUGACUGGUGGCUUUAGGGUUAUUCAGGCUAGUGCUUAAGGGAAUGAAGUCGAGGAAACUUGUAUGAUGAAUGAUGUAAUGAGCAUUUGUGGUGGGAGGCUCGGCUGGGACGGGGCGGCGAUGGGGCGUGUCGGCGUUUGUGUUGCUCUACCUAAGUCUGAUUGUUUGUUUGCCAUGGUAUGGGUUAGAAAUGCUGCGUAAUGAAUACAAAUCACAUUCUCCAAA